UGCUCUUUAAGCGAACUUAUAAUAAUGGUGGCAAAAAUAAUCAAAGGUCUAAGACGCGAGAUCAGGCCGUUGGUUCUGAAGUGUAUGCCGUAUUUCGUAAUGUCGUAUUACUUUAUGGAAGUGCUUUACUCGGUGGUCAACACCCCACUGGUGGGCAGAGAAAGAGCCAUUGUGAUGGAUGUCAACGAGGCGUUCGGCCACUUCUACACGUCCUUCGAUGUCCUGCUGACCAUUGCAGCCAUCUUUCUCAUCCUGGGCACCCGAAAGGACGCCAGUGGCGUGACCCUGUUGCUCAUCGGCAGAGUCGUCCACCGACUGUUCUUCUCAAUAUGGACCAUGUUCUUUUACUUCCUCUUCACCGACAGUUUGGAUGUCGGCUCCCUGUUGAUGCUGAUGGCUGCUAAAAUCAAAUUGAGGGAUCAAACGGACUGGCCGCAGAUGGAAAAGUCGAAGUACCAGGUAUUAUUGCUGGUGGGAAGGCUCUGCUUGUGCUGCUUGUUUAUAAUGUGGCUGGACGAGGGCUUGGAAACAUCUUUCAGCAUCGUGUCGCUUGGUCUUUUGCUCUUCAUAAGCCUUGGCUUCCACUGCAAACUGUUUGCCUAUCUGACCGUAAUCGCCCUGCUUUAUCACGAUGUCUUCAGCAAUCACUGGAGCAUGUUGUGGGGCUGGAACGAUACGCUCCUAUCCAUACAGUACUUCUCCCUGCUGUUCUGCAAAAUGGGCGGAUUCCUGAUGCUCUCCGAGUUGGGUGGGGGCAAGUGGUCCGUCGACGGAUUCAGGAACAGGAAAGGCGUGAAAUGUGAGAGGAAGGGCAACUACCGGAUCAUUAAGGGCCAGGCGGCGGCCUAGGCAAAGUUAUCCAUCGGAUUGAGCCCUAUCUGUACGACUCCUCCAUUACAUAAACUUUAAUGGGAACUGCCUUCCCAGCGGCUAAUGCUUAUUUUUAUUUGUAUCUCUAUUUGCACACCUGCCUCUCGGCAUCGGAGAGGGCACUCCAAAUGCUCUUUGAUUCG